AUGCAGCGCUCUUUAGGAGCACCUACACAGGCCCAUCAUGUUGGAUCCUUGGUCUGGGUGCCUGAACGCAACGCUUUGGAUGCUCAAGGGCAUAAGAAGGCGGCAGGAUGGAUUAAGGGCCGCGUGGUGGCAGAGAAGAAGAAAGCAGGGGAGACUCUACUGGAGGUCCAGACAGACGCGGGAAUUCAGACGCUUGCUCCUGCGGAAUGUCCAUUGCAGAACGAGAGGGACGACACUGUGGAUGACCUUGUGAAGAGCGAUUUUCUGCAUGAACCAGGGAUCCUGCACACUCUGCGCGUGCGCUACACCUUGGACAUGAUAUACACCUACAGCGGCAACAUUCUCAUUGCGGCGAAUCCGCACAAGCGCUUGCGGCACCUGUAUGGGGCCAGAAUGAUGACGCAGUACCGAGGCAUCCCGCUUGGAGAGCUGAGCCCCCAUGUGUAUGCCAUAGCCGAGCAGGCAUUCAAUGCUAUGAUGAUAGACGAGCAGAAGCAAGCUAUCCUCAUCAGUGGCGAGAGUGGCGCUGGCAAGACAGAGAGUGCAAAGAUGGUCAUGCAGUAUCUUGCGCACAGAACUGCACCGCUGCAGUCACCUCAAAAGCCUGGGCAGAAGCCUCAAAUCAAGUCUCAGCAUUCCCAACAGUUCCAGUUGGAGGACAUGAGCAAGCAGGCACCCAUUGAGGAGCAGGUGCUCGAGUCCAACCCGCUGUUGGAAGCUUUUGGGAAUGCAAAGACAGUGCGCAAUGACAACUCCUCCAGAUUUGGCAAGUUUGUGGAAAUUGAUUUUGACGGCGCGGGGAGGGUGUCGGGAGCCAGCAUCAACACGUACCUGCUGGAAAGGUCGCGUGUGGUGUCUGUGAAUGCCCCAGAGCGGUCAUACCACAUCUUCUACCAGCUCUGCGCAGGGGCCACUCCCACCCAGAGAGAAAUGUACAGGCUGGAGCAAGGCGCACAAGGGUUCAGGUACCUGAGUGAGAGCCAGAGCGACGCGGCACCUUGCUUCUCCUUGGAAGAUGUGGACGAUGGCGAAGCCCUGCGCACCACACUUGAUGCCAUGCAGAUCGUGGGCAUAGGUGAGGCUGAGCGCGAGGCAGUGCUGCGCACUGUGGCAGCCGUCCUGCACCUGGGCAAUAUCACCUUUGUGGGUGCUGCAGACGAGGGUGCAGCACCGCGCGACAGCUCAGCAGAGGCUGCGCUUGCCGCUGUCGCCGACCUCCUGCAGGUGGAGGAAGAGACACUGCUGCAGGCGCUGACGUCGCGCGCGAUUGAGACGGUAGGCGAGCGCAUCGUGAAGCGUCUGGACGCAGCGGCCGCCAACGCCUCUCGGGAUGCGCUGGCGAAGAACCUGUAUGCGCGCCUAUUUGACUGGCUGGUGGCGGCCAUCAACCGCAAGAUCAGCGCGCUCGGCACCGGGCAGCGCAGCAAGCGCUCUAUCGGCAUCCUGGACAUCUACGGCUUCGAGUCCUUCAAGGACAACAGCUUCGAGCAGCUCUGCAUCAACCUGGCCAAUGAGCGCCUGCAGCAGCAGUUCAACCAGCAUGUCUUCAAGGGAGAGCAGGAGGAGUAUGCGCGAGAGGGCAUUGACUGGAGCUAUGUGGAGUUCAUCGACAACCAGGACUGCCUGGACGUGCUGGAGGGGUCUCAGGAUGCGCCAUCUCUGGCUGUGUUUCCCCUCAUCGACGAGGCCUGCAGGCUCCCCCGAGCCACAUACCAGGACCUGGCGCACACGCUGCGAACAAGGCUGGCUGACCAUGGGCGGUUUGUUGCACCAAAACGGCCACAGCAUGCUUUUGCGGUCGAGCAUUAUGCUGGGCGGGUCACAUACUCUUCAGAGCUCCUUCUGGACAAGAACAAGGACUUUGUGGUGGCAGAACAUGUGGGUCUGCUGCGGUCUUCAAAGUCGGAUUUCAUCCAGGAGCUCUUUGCAGAGAGCAAUGCCGAGCUUGCAGAGGCCGCAGCCAUCGCUGGUGGCAAGGUGAUGCGGCGAGGGACAAAGAGCGCCUUCAAGCUCAACAGCGUUGGCGCUCAGUUCCGCAAGCAGUUGCAGGGUCUGAUGGGCACGCUGAAGCAGUGUCAGCCACACUUCAUCCGCUGCAUCAAGCCCAACCCCCAGUCGAAGCCAGGUCAGCUGGCGCCACAGUAUGUCCUGGAGCAGCUCAGAGCAGGAGGCGUCUUGGAGGCUGUGCGGAUUGCAUGCGCUGGCUUCCCCACCCGGAAGUUCUUCAGGCCAUUUGUGCAGCGGUAUAUGAUCCUGGUGGCCAACGGGCGGGGCGCAUAUCAUCCCAUGGAUGUCGAAAACAUGGAUCAAGCGCAGGCAGGAGAAUGUGUGCGGAAAAUCCUGCAGGCUGCAAGGGUGGACGGCUGGCAGAUUGGAAAAACAAGGGUGUUCCUGCGAGCGGGGCAGCUUGCGCAGCUGGAGGGCGCUCGAGGUCGGCGGCUGACUGCAUCCGCUCUCACCAUACAGGCCGCUUUCAGGGGUCUCAUGGCGAGGCGGGCGCUGCGUGAUGCUCGGAAGGCGGCCACUCUCAUUGCGGCUACAUGGCGCGGCUACGUGGGCAGGCGGAUGGCACGCCAGCAGCGCCGCGACAACGCCGCCACCCGGAUCGCCGCUGUCUGGCGAUGCCACAGGGCCCGGAAGGCCUUCAAGGCCCACCAGGCCAAUCGGAGAGCAGUCAUCAUCCAGGCAGCCGUGCGCGGCUACCUCACCCGCAGCAGCUUCAGGAAAGCGACAGAGCUGGGCAAGCGGCAGGCGGCCCGGGCUGCCCUGCAAGCCAAGCGGAAUGGCGCUGCCGUGGUCAUCCAGAAGCAUGUCCGCAGGCGGGCGGCCACCAAGAGGGUGGCAGCAAUCCGCAAGGAGGCGGCAAAGUGGCAGGAGCUGGAGGAGAGCAAGCACUUCCUGGAGGCUCAGGUGGCGCAGGUCAGGUCGCGCGAGCAGCAGGAAGCCGCGCGCGCCAACGACUUUGCCGCGCAGGUUGCACGGCUGCAGAGCCAACUCGCAGCUGCCAAGCUGGACGUCCAGACCGCCCGCGAGCAGGCUGCGCUGGCCGCCAUCGAGGCUCCUCUUGGCGAGUUGGCGUCUGCCCUCAGAGCAAGCAGGGAGGAGGUUGCCGCACAGGUGGCAGCUGCAACUGCCAAGGACCGCGAGAACAGCCAACUGUGGGAGCAGGUGAGGAGCGCUGCGGAGGAGUAUCAUGCAGAGUUCGCCGCCAAGGAGGCCACCAUAGCCUCCUUGACUGCAGAAGCUGAGGCUGCGCGCUCACACAUGCAGGCGGAGAUCGACAAACUCCGGUCCGAGAUGGAGGCGGAGGUGGCGGCAGUGAAGGCCGCGAUGCAGAAGCGGGUGGAGGAGGCGGUGGCCGAGACAGAGGCCAAGGCGAGCGGUCUGCGCGAGGCGCGCGAGAAGAACGUGCACUUCAGUGCGCGCGUGGUCGCGCUGAACGCUCGCGUCGCGCAGCAGCAGAAGGAGGCGCGCAACCUGGCCGCCAUCAACGCCUCCCUCACCGCCGAGCUGGAGGAGCAGCGCUCGCUGCGCUCACGCCCUGCAGACCCCGCCCACGAGAAUGGCAACCGCCGCGAGAGGGAGAUGGAGACGCCGACAAAGCAGAGGUUGAUGGGCUGGCGGGCAGACAUGCAGGCCACCAGCUCAGCUGGCAGCCAGCUGAACGAGUGGGCCGGCCUCACCCCCGAGCAAGAAGCACUUCUGGCCGCCCUGCAGGGUGGCGCCAUCGCACGUCGCCUGCCCAUCCUGCAGAUACAGCAUGGUGCAUCUGCCAGCGACUCUAUCGGCAUGCCUGUUGCCGCCUGGCUCCUGGGAGAGUGCCUGCUGCACUGGGCCGUCCGCUGGCGACCUGCUGAGGUGGAUGUGGCAGCUCUGCGGCUGCGGGACUCUAUCCUGACUAGCGCCGAAACGGAAGGAUUGACCUACCAGGGCUACUGGCUCUCCACCACCCUCGCCUUGGGGGCCUUCCUGAAGGUGCGGUCCAUUGGCAAGCGCGACUGCGGCAAUCUAUUCAAGCUGGGUGAUGACAUGAUCCAAUUCGGCGGCCUGCAUGCCCUGCUGGCGGCCAGCGUGUCCGACAUGCUGCCGGUCAACGUCAGCAUCCUGCUGUCCGACGAUGCCAAGCGCCUUGCGCGCGCGGCCACUGCAAAGAUGUCCAGCUCGGGCAUCCAUGCCUAUGAUGAGAUGGCGGCCGCCUCCACCAAAUCCUUCGAGGGCCUCAUGAACUCCCCAUGGAAGGGGCUGCUGGGCGGCUUGAGCAACGUGCUGGAGACGCUGAAGGGAGAGGGUGCGCCUCCGCCGGCCUGCCGAGCGGUGGUGCACGCCGCACUGCGCUAUGUGGAUGCAGAGCUGCUCAAUGCGCUUAUGCUGCGCCGCGAUGCCUGCUCCAUCUCAGCUGUCAAGGCGCUGCAGUCUGGCCUGGCAGACAUCCGAGCGUGGGUGUCCUACAUGGGGGCAGCAUGGUGCGGCGAGGUGGCGGAUGCCGAGGCCGCACUGGAGCACAGCAGCCAGGCCGUGCGCUACCUGCUGGUCGGCAAGGAUGACUGCGUCAGGAAGGCCACAAAGGGCUUCGACAUCACUCCAGACCUGCGGCGCAUGUGCCCCAGCCUGACCCUACAGCAGAUCUACAAGCUGACAGAGCACCACCACGAUGACUGGAUCACCGGCAGCCAGACCACUGACAUACUGGUCCUCCUGCAGACCCUCAAGCGCAUCGUGGACAACACGGGUCCCUCGCAGCCAGGGUCGCCGUCUCAGAAGAGCUCGAGCGCGAACGGGCCCUUUGCCAGCCCGGGCAACAGCAACCCCUUUGCCACGCCUGCCAGCGUCACCUCCCACCACUCCCUGGAGGACGAGGAGACCCUCCUGCUCGACCCCCAGGCGGCGUUUGUGCUGCCGCGCAAGCUGCUGACCGACGCGGCGCGCUACUUUGUGCAAGCGCCCAGGGCUUACCACAGCGCGGCUCCGGGAGUCAGCCUGCUGGACCGCAUCGAAAUGUGCUGCCGCUCGGACGUGCAGCUGCCGCGGCACCUGCGCGACAACCCUGAAUUUGCAUUUCUGAAGGCGGCCGCCUGA